GGGUAAAAGGGGUCUGUUAGUAGCCCUGGCCAGCCCGUCAGUCAGUCUUCCAGAGAGAGAGAGUGACACGAGUCCAUCGUCAACCAGUCCGUCAGUCAGCCAGUCAGCCAGUCAGCCAGUCGUCAGUUCCCCACCCUCCAGCCGGUCACAAAUCCGUGGUCAGCAUGGCGAGGGCAACCAAGCGUACGAGUGUGCUGCUUGGGGCACUGGCGGCGGUGUUCGUCAUCAUCAUCGUCAUCCUCUGCAUCGUGCCCAAGGCUGGAUCGCCCGGACAUGAAAGCUUGGCGGAGCAAGCAAAAUCGGGUGAAAGGACGGACGUAUUGACAGACACCUCCACGACCUCUACGACGACGACCACGACGACAACAACGACUACUACUACUCCUGCACCACCACCACCACCACCACCAACAACAACAACAACAGAAUCAGUAACAACCACUGCUACUACACCUACUACUACUCCUGCUACCACUGAAAAGACUACUACUACUACUGCUACUACUCGUACUCCUCUUCCUCCUUCUACUACUGCUACUACUGCUACUACUACUGACGACUCCUUGUUCCCUAUCACCACCACCGAAUCAUCACCACCAACCACCACCACCAACGACACUGAUUACUAUGAUGACUAUGACAAUGACAUCACUGUGCAUGACUCUACCACCGUCACUACUCUGUCCACCACUGAUGAUUCUACUAAUGACACUCUGUCCACCACUGAUGACUAUACUUCCGUCACUACUCUGUCCACCACUGAGGACUCUACCACCGUCACUACUCUACCCACCACUGAUGACUAUACCACCGUCACUACUCUGUCCACCACUGAUGACUCUACUAACGACACUACUCUGUUCACCACUGAUGACUCAACUAACGACACUACUCUGUUCACCACUGAUGACUAUACCACCGUCACUAUGUCCACCACUGAUGCCUAUGACGGGACCGCCACGAACAUCACCGAGACAACCGUAAUCUCAACCACCACUGAACAACCCACUACUAUCACUACUUCUACUACUACUACUACUACUACUGCUACUACUCUUAGUACCACUACCCUUCCUGCCGCCACUGCUACAAGCCCGGAGGAGGAGAAAAAGCACUGUGAGACGCCCGCUUGCAAGACCCUGGCCUCCAACAUGCUCGCCACGAUGGACCAUACAGGGAAUGUCGACAUAUGUGAGGACUUCUACCAGUACGCCUGUGGUGGCCUGAUGCAGAACCCAUUCCUGCACGCCCGGGACCCAGAAGUCAUCGCCCGGAAUCUGAUCAAAGAGGAGCUGGACACAACAGACCCAGAUGAGGGUUCCGCCCUGGGCAAAAUGAGGAUCUUCUACGACAGCUGCCUCGGUGCGGUGGACCAGGACGCGACCCAGGGCUGGCAGGCGGCUAUGCAGGAGGUCUUUGGGCGGGACUGUUUUGACUGGAGCUCACCGUCUGCCAUGGCGCCCCUGAACCUCACCCUCGUCUUGGCCAAACUGAUGCUGCACGACUUCACUCCAUUCUUCGACGUGGACGUGGACGUCGACCAUGAAGACAACAGGAAAUUCUUCGUGACGCUGAGCCCCGCCCUCCCCGGCUCCCCCUUCAGCGAUGACCUGGCGCGCCGGGCGUGUCUCGAGGCCCACCACAGAAGGCUGGACGACCUGGCGGGCGGGGAUUCUGUUGACCUUAACGAUGAAUACUCCAUCAACUUCACCGAGUGUGUGCGGCGCGGCGAAGGACUGGAGGCGAGGAUGGAGAGGAUGGAGGAAGCCGUAAGGACCUUCGGACUCCUGGACCACCUUGGGGAUUCUGCAACGGCCGACAAAGUCCUGCAGGACACCAAGAGAAUGACUGAGAUAUUCCUUAAGGACUUGUCAGAAGCGAUUCCCGAGGUGGCGACGGUCAAACAGAGUCUGCUCAACAAGGACGACAAUUUAAAGAAGAUUGAUGCCCUAGAUAAUAAGGUCAUCAACUGGAAGGCCUUGGUGGGUCAGCUGAUCACCGUCACUGACAUCUCCCUCGUGAAGGUGUCGGAAUACUUGGAGGAUGAGGUGGCUGCCAUACUCGGCGUGCUGCAGCUACACAACAACGACACCAGCACAGCGCUGCGCAGCGUGCUGAUGAUGCUGUGGAGCGAGCGGCUCUACACGGACUUUGUGAAGCCUCUCGGCAGCGGCGUGGGGGAGCCGGACUACUGUCUGCAGGCGUCCGUCACCCUCAUGCAGGACGCUGCCUCAAAGCUCUACAUGAACACCCUGUCCGACGAGGAGAUGGACGCUCGCCAGAUACAGAUUGCCAACAUUACGGCAUCCAUCAGGCGAGCCGGGUUGCGGGAGCUGCAGAGGGACGGAAGGGGGAAGGUGGAGGUGCAGAAGAAGCUUGAGGAUAUGCUGGAGAAUGUGAUAACGACGAGUGUGAGGGACGUGGAGGAGAGCGCCAGGCAGCUGAGCAUCACCAGGACCAACAGCUUCUUCGACAACUGCAUUCGGCUUCUCGUCAAUAAGCGCAGACUCCGAUACGGCAUGUACAGCUCUUAUCCGGAGAACGUGCCGUGGACGUUCAUGCGGCCGUACGAUGCGUUUGGAGUCCACGUCUACGCCUUGAACAGGAUCAUGGUGCCCUUCGCUGCCCAGGACGACUCCCGCACCUUUGACGCCAUCCCAGACUACCUGAGCUACGCCGGCAUUGGCCACAUGAUCAGCCACUUGGCCAUGCACGGAUACGACACUUCAGGGCUGCACUACCAGGCUAACGGGACCAAGGAUGUGCUGGACGACCAACCCUACUUCACGGGCCAGCAGAAUGGCCUUCGGGAGCAGUACAUGGCGAACACCAGCUUCGACAUUGCGGGUUCGGGUGGCGUCAAGGCAAUCGUUAAGAUGGGCGCCCUGGCCCUGAACGAGCUGCUGGCGGACUCGGGGGCAGCCAGAUUAGCAUGGGAGGCCUACACCAUGAGGAACGACUUGUCCCAGUCGGCUCGCCGCCGCCGCCGCAGCCUUCAGGACUUGCCCCGCCGCACCAGACGUGUGGCGCCCGGCCCUCAGAGUCUGCCCUCCAUUGAGUCUGAGGAGAAGGCGCUGCCCUGGCUCGGCCUCUCCCCCAUACAGCUCUACUUCCUCCACUGGUCGCAGCGCUACUGUUCUGCCAGCGGGGGGAUGGGCCUGCUGGAGCUGAUGGAGAGUGAACAGCCGCCGGCCAGGAUGAGGGUCAACUUGGUGCUGCAGAACGAGCCACUCUUCAGCCAGGCCUUCAACUGUACCCCCAAGAGUGAGCAGAAGCCCUUCGUCCUCGGCUAAAGGGCUUUCCUGCACCACAGCCACGGCACAGGAGGGUGUGGCCGCAGGUCACCAGAAGAGCCGUGGGAAAUUGUAACUGGUGCUGAUAUGAUAGUUUUUUUGUGCUCUGGGUGUGGUCAAGGUCAUGAAGAAGUGCCUUGACCUCACACACACACACACACACACACACACACACACACACACACACACACACACACA